GGCGAAAACGAGGAAAAACGCGACCAAGGGAUAAAGCCAGGUCAGAAGAAUCAUCCUGAAGACUCUUUUGGACAUGAAGACCCAAAUACACACAACCAGGCAGAACCUCUUCAGUUCGAACCUGACUGCCACCAUGUUGUCUCAUCGGAUCGUAGCCUUGGCUCUGCUGGUUGUCUUUCUCUUUAAUGCUGUUGAAACUGAGGCGGCAUCUUUCCCAUGGUCCUGCCCCAGUAUGAAUGGAGUGUGCCGGAAAGUGUGCCUGCCAACAGAGCUCUUCUUUGGACCUUUAGGAUGUGGCAAAGGCUUCUUGUGCUGUGUUUCUCACUUUCUAUGAGAGCGGAUGAUCAUCUAAAAUUAUUCACAAGACAUAGUGGAGCUGAAGAAAUGAAGACUAGUGGAUAUUCUCUUAAUCUAAUUUAAGUUUAUUUUGACCUGGUACGGUGUGCCAAGAUGUGCUGAAUGGACUGACAUG